UGGCCUAAAAGUUAAAAAAGAAGAAGUAAGAGUCAUAUUGGCCGAGCUGGAUCCAGAGGGGUCAGCAUCCAGACAGCGACGGAGACUUCAUAGAAGACAGUACUUUUCAAAGGGACCUAAUCACCUCUGGCACAUCGAUUCAUACGACAAGUUAAAACAUUUUGGUGUGUGUAUUAAUGGCUGUAUCGACGGCUUCUCCCGGAAAAUAAUUUGGAUGAAUGCAUACAACACGAGCAGUGACCCGCGAGUGAUCGGCGGCUAUUUUGUAGAGGCUUUAGAAACAUUAGGCAAAUGUCCCAAACUUGUGCGCACUGACCAUGGCACAGAAAACGGCCUUGUGCGAGACCUGCAGAUAAGUUUACGCACAACCCAUGGAGACGAUUUGUCCGGAGAGCGAAGCUACAUCGCUGGAGCGAGUACAGCAAACCAACGCAUCGAGAGUUGGUGGGGCAUCCUCCGCAAAGAGGGUAUGGAGUAUUGGAUCCAGCUUCUUGGGGAAUUACAGGACGAAGGAAGCUUUGAUGGAGGUGUACUGGACAAGGCCAUACUUCAGCUGUGCGUAAUGGGAUUGAUUCAGGAAGAGCUGAAUAACAUAAAGGAUGUCUGGAAUGCACACAGAAUCCGACCCACGUCCAACCCAAAUGUGCCGCAUGGAAUUCCAAAUGUGAUGUACUCCACCCCAGAGUUAUGGGACACUGAGGACUGUGCCAUGCCACUUGAUCAAGAGGAGCUGGAUGUGUCCAAAGGACAAUGUGUGUUGCGCAGUUGUGUUCCUUGCGAUGAAGAUAUAUUUGAUCUUUGUAUGAUAAUUGUGGAGGAACUGGGCUUACAGUUCCCCAGUAAAAGCCCUCUGGAAGCCAUUGAUCUAUAUUUAACACUAAGGAAUGCCAUCAACACAGAAUUAAGGGAUGGCUAGACAGUGGUGGAUAAAGUGUUCAGAUUCUUUACUUCAGUAAAAGUACUAUACCACUGUGAAAAUAGUCCAC